UGUCGGUAGUGACACGUACCAAUGUCUGGAGUGGACUAGGAUGGUUACGGGAAAUUGGGGCAGAUGAAAUAGAAACGGAUAUAUUUCGGUUGUGGACUAACGGGGCAGAUCAGACGAAACGCCAUCAGAAACGCCAUCAUCUCUCUCCCUCCAGUCGUCUCUCUUCGCUUCCACUUCCAGCAGUUCAGAUGAUACCUCACAAAAGACCUAAAAACCCCGAACCUCAAAAACCCUAAGGGACUGGAACUAUAGAACCCGUAACCAGAGAAAUAAUGAAGGCAACGGCCAAGAACAAGUUUCUUCUCUGCUUUCGACCGGCCGCCAUGGACGACGAUGCCGCCUUGAAACCGGAUGGUGGGCUUCAGAGCUCUGAAGGUCUGGCUUUCGCAUACAUCUCUGUGACAGAGAAAGGUGAUUUGAUGAUUCCCGCCAUCUUAUCUCCUCUCUGCGCCAAGGCUUCAGCGAAAGAAGAAAGCCUCGAUCGUCCUCGACGGAAAAUCGCUAACCGGGCCUUCUCACGGAUCGUUAAAGCUGUACUUUUCGAGACGUUAUUGUUUCCACAGAAGAAGGUUCAUAACGGGAAAGUUCCGCAAGAUCCAUAUCGUUCGGAUGGUAGCGUUUCAGAGAAAGAUGAGAAGCUUUCGAACGCAAGGAAUGAAAAAUCGGUAUUGGCAGGUUCACGUCGGAAACCUUGGCCUGACGUUGAUCGGAAAAUUAAUUCGGGAGGUCCUUCCUCCUUUUCUUCCCUUCCAUUUUCGUCUUCCGCUUUGAUAUCUUCGUCCUCGAGUUCUUCAACUUCGUGUUCUUCGUCAACGUCUUCCUGUUGGCCGAUACCUGACCCGAAGAAAUCGACCCGGUCGAGUUCGUUCGAGCCAAAGGAGAAAAACCGGGUCGUCCAGUCGAAACAGAUCGAUUUCCAACAAUUUCCUGGAAAAACUACAAGAGCAGAACCGACUACUAGAUAUAGCAGUACUUAUAGCUCUGGACUGUAUUUGCUCCUCAUCAGCCUCUUCUUCAUGGUCUUCUGGGGUCGGCUAUGCGCGAUACUCCUUACGUCCACGUGGCUUUACCUGGUGCCUCGUUGGCGUUCUGACAACGACGAAGUCCAAACCCAACCGAAAAAUGCGAUGUCGACGAAGUGGUCACCGGAGCUUGAUUCAAAGGAAUACAAGAAGAAAGUAAUCAUGGAGGGUCUGUUGGAAAGAAACCACCACCACCGCGUUUGGAGUUUUCACGGGCAAUAAAUUUUGGCGUGAAAAUUCCUUUGGUGUCGGAUUUAUACGUUGUCUCUGUGUUUUGUAAGUUUUUGUAUUUAAAAGCCAUUAACAACUUCUUUUAAUUUUCUUGUUU